UCGCCCUGUGCUUGACAUAAUUCACCUAGCGCAGAUUGCCAGCAAAGAUGGCCGCCCUGAUGCAGAAGUCGGCUCUGACCCGCCCGGCAGUCGCCAGCCGUGCUGGUCGUCGCGCCGUUGUGGUGCGCGCUGCGGCUGACCGCAAGCUCUGGGCUCCGGGAGUCGUUGCUCCGGACUACCUGAAGGGCGAGCUGGCUGGUGACUACGGCUGGGACCCGCUCGGCCUGGGCGCUGACCCCGUUGCUCUCCGCUGGUACCGUCAGUCGGAGCUGGUGCACGCUCGCUGGGCUAUGCUUGGCGUUGCUGGUGUCCUGGUCCAGGAGGUCGUGAAGCCCGAUGUCUACUUCUAUGAGGCUGGUCUGCCGCAGAACCUGCCGGAGCCAUUCACCAAUGUUAACAUGGGUGGCCUCCUGGCGUGGGAGUUCAUCCUGAUGCACUGGGUUGAGGUUCGCCGCUGGCAGGACUACAAGAACUUCGGCUCGGUGAACGAGGACCCGAUCUUCAAGGGCAACAAGGUCCCCAACCCGGAGAUGGGCUACCCAGGUGGCAUCUUCGACCCUCUCGGCUUCAGCAAGGGCAACCUGAAGGAGCUGCAGACCAAGGAGAUCAAGAACGGCCGCCUUGCUAUGGUUGCGUACAUGGGCUUCGUCCUCCAGGCCCAGGCGACCGGCAAGGGCCCGCUCGCUGCCCUGUCUGCUCACCUGAGCAACCCCUUCGGCAACAACAUCCUGAAGAACAUCGGCACCUGCACUGUCCCGCACAGCGUCAAUGUUCAGGGUCUGGAGAUCCCCCUGACCUGCCUGUGGCCCGGCCAGCAGUAAGCGCAACAGCAGCAGCGGCAAUCGCCGUUUGCGCUUCACGCGCUCGCCACUGCUCGUCCAUCCUGCGCAAGACUCGUCGAUGGGCUUGACGGCAGCGAGUCUAUCGGGUCGUCUAGACGCAGUCUGUCAACGCUUCGAAUUCUUUCAGCUUGGACUGUUGCUGUUGCAAAGCGGGUGCAGUGUGCGCUGGAGGAGCGAAGUUGUUGGAGUUUAACUUCUGGCUUGCGUGAUGACGCUGCCGAUUUUGUACUUUUUUCGGCGUGAAGGUUGAUGCUGUGUAAGCAGCUGAUGUGGAAGUGUUGAGGCCUGAGUGGAUCAGGGUUUUGACCUCUUGAUCGGGCGGCAGAUCGAGGCAUUUUGUGUGGUGGUCCUUUCCGGACAACAGGGCGUGUGGCGUUUAAGCCCGAACUGUAACGUGAGAAGAUCACCUUUUGCAGUGCAUGCACGGUGUAAUCCCAUUCUGC